AUGGCUUCCGAGCUCCACUUCGUCCUAGUCCCUUUCAUGGCGCAAGGCCACCUGCUCCCCAUGACCGACAUCGCCAAGCUCCUAGCCCAACACGGCGUCGUCGUCACCAUCGUCACGACCCCGGUCAACGCCGGCCGAAUCCGCGGCACCGUUUCCCGUGCCGUGGAGUCCACCGGCGUCCGAAUAACCGUUGCUGAGCUCGAGCUCGAGCUCCCAUCCGACGGAGUGGGCCUGCCGAAGCACUGCGAGACGCUGGACCAGCUCCCUUCUCUGGACAAAGGGAUCGACCUCUUCUACUACAUGGGCCGAGCCCUCGAGAAGCCCAUGGAGAAGCUCUUCGAGCAGCUCCGGCCCAGGCCCAACUGCGUGAUCUCCGACAUGUCCUUGCCCUUCACCAGCACCGUGGCCAGAAAAUUUGGCGUGCCGAGGAUUACUUUCAAUGGGUUCUCGGCCUUCGCCCUGCUCUGCCUCCGCAACAUACACCAAGGUGCCGACAUGCUGGAGAGCGAGAAGGGCGUGCUGGCGGGCCUUCGGUCCGACUCGGACCGGUUCAUUGUGCCCGGUUUACCCGACCGGAUCGAGGUGACGAUGAACCAGCUGCCCAUGGCCAUGGCCAGUGGGUUGGACCUGCUGGGCGAGCAGGUCGUGGAAGCGGAAGGCUACUCGUACGGGAUGAUCAUCAACUCGUUCGAGGAGCUGGAGCAGGAAUACUUCACGAGGUACAAGGCUGCAAUGGGUGGCAAGGCCUGGUCCGUGGGCCCUGCCUCGUCGUGCAACAAAGGCCGGUUGGACCGGUUGGAAAGGGGUAAUCCUCGACUAGCGAUCAGCGAAUCGGAAUGUUCGAAGUGGCUCGACUCUCAAGAGUCCGGCUCGGUCAUUUAUGUUUGCAUGGGCAGUUUGUGCAACAUCCCAACUCCACAGUUGAUAGAGCUUGGGCUGGGCCUGGAAGAGUGGACCGGCCCAUUUGUGUGGGUGGUUAGGGAGGGAGAGACUUCCAAAGGUUUGUUAAAAUGGAUGGAAGAGUAUUGUUUUGAGGAGAGGACAAAAGGUCGAGGACUUAUAGUUCGUGGAUGGGCACCACAGAUGGUGAUCUUGUCACACCCCGCAGUCGGUGGGUUUUUGACGCAUUGUGGGUGGAACUCGACUCUGGAAGGGGUAUGUGUCGGCGUGCCAAUGGUGACAUGGCCACUCUUUGCCGAUCAAUUUCUCAACGAGAGACUCAUCGUGGAUGUGUUGAAGAUCGGAGUGGCAAUCGGGGCAGAGGGCACAGUGAAGUGGGGAGAAGAAGAGAAGACAAAAGUGUUGAUCAAGAGAGAAGAUGUGACGCAAGCUAUUGAGAAACUAAUGGGUGAAGGAGAUGAAAAGGAGAUGAGGAGAAAGAGAGCCAAAGAGCUUAGUGAAAAGUCCAAACUGGUCCUUGAAGAAGGAGGGUCCUCUUAUCUUAACAUUGAGCUCUUGAUCCAAGACAUCAUGCAACAUACGUCCAUGAAAUGUGAGGAGGCUAUAUUGAGUAGGAAAACUGGUCAAAUACUGGUUUCUUAA